UUCAUUACUUUUUCAGUAGCGCGAGAAUCAACAAGUGGCUUCUUUGUGAUCAGCAAAAUAUUUAUUAAUUCUUUCAAGAUUUUGUUAUCGCUGAGAACCAAAAUUUGAAAAUUGCAAAAGCAGAAAAAAUAUCAAAAUCUUUUCCCACAAAUCAACUAAAUUAUAACGAUGAACACAGGAGUAAUUUGCAUCAGUUUAACCGCCGUCAUCUUUCUAAUAUUACCCACGGAAAGCGCCGAAAUCGGAUCAAAUAAUAUUUUGAGUCGAAAUCAAAGGUCAGAAGAGAAAUUGUGUUCGAGCGUUAGUCCAUGUCAAUGGGGUGUAUAUGGGAGUAAUGAGAGAAAAGUCAUUCAAUAUCAUAUCAAAACUGCGAGUUGUGUCUGUGGAGAAGAUAGAAAGUGCUCAAUUUCUGAAGAUAGCUUAUCAAUGAAAGCUUUCAUCUAUAGAUGUGUUCAAGAUGAAACUUCGUCAAUAACUCCUGAUGAAUUAAGUACAGCUUAAAGUGACGACAAUCAAAUUUAUUGCUAAAUAAACAUUGCAACUUACAGCUUUAAUUACACUUUAAAAUAAGUAUUAGAUACUCGUUGAAUGUUUCUUGUAUAUCAAGCUUUUAAUGAAUAAAUCUGACGAAGGGAAAUAUUCUGAAUGAAUAA